AACGACAAAGAUAAUACAACUACGUGUAUUAAACGUUCAAAUAAAUCGAGCAAAAUGGUAUCAAGAAUUUGGGGUUCAAAUCCUUUUGACGAGCUAGUUGAAAAAGCUACUUCAGAAUUACUUCCUAAAGGACAAGAAGAUUUAGCAUUAAAUCUUGAUAUUUCCGAUCAAAUACGCAGCAAAUCUGUUCCUGCCAAGGAUGCCAUGAAAGCUUUAAAAAAACGAAUUGAUCAUAGCAAUCCCAACGUCCAACUCUUAGCUUUGAAUUUGACUGAUACCUGUGUUAAAAACGGUGGCCAUCAUUUUCUAAUAGAGAUUGCUUCUCGCGAAUUCGUGGAUAAUCUUGUAGUACUUCUAAUGUCACCUAAUUGUAAUCAUGAGGUUAGGUCAAAACUCUUGCAUUUGAUUCAAACAUGGGGAAUUGCAUUUGAUGGAAAACCUGAAUUGAGCUUUGUUUCUGAUACAUAUCGCUUGUUAAAAGAAGAAUAUACGUUUCCGAAACUCGAAAAAGCCACAUCCUCAGUCAUAAUCGACACUGAAACACCUCCAGAAUGGACGGACAGUGAUGUGUGCACGCGAUGUCGAACACAAUUUACCACUUUUAACAGAAAGCAUCAUUGUCGUAAUUGCGGACAAACUUUCUGUGGUGAUUGCUCUUCAAAGACAAUGGCAUUGCCUCAUAUUGGCAUAAAUGACCCAGUUAGAGUUUGCGAUUCAUGUCAUAUGAAAAGACAAUUAAAAGCAAGAAGCAUUGAACAGAAUGCACAGAAUGCACAAAAAACUGUGCAAAAUUCUUUACAUUCGCACACUAAUUCGUUGCCCAAUGGUAGAAGCAAUACAACAAACUCAUCAAAUGCUCAUCAUGAAGAUGACGAUGACGAAGAUUAUAAGAAAGCUAUAGAACUUUCAUUAAAAGAAGCAGAAUCCAGUCGUGGAUUUCCAUCUUCUAAGCAAAAUACGACUCAAAAAGUUACGGAACCAUCCCAAGAACAGAUAUCGGCUCAGGAACAAGAAGCUGCUGAUCUAGAAGCUGCUAUUGCAGCUUCAUUACAAGAGAUGAAUCUCAAUCGACAAAGUUCAUCUAUACACACAUCAAACUAUUCAUCCGCUCAUACAGGAUAUGACGUCCAAUCAUACAAGCCAUCAACUGCAAUAGUGUCUAGUAACGAACUUUCUGCAAUUGAAUCUGAAAAUAUUCAGAAAUUCUCUGAAAUAGUAGAACGAAUUCAGCAAAGUGGAAGUGAUUUGAUGAGAGAUCGUCAAGUGCAGGAAUUAUAUGAAAGAAUUGGUGAAUUAAAACCAAAAUUAACCAAAACUUUGAGUGAAUCAAUACAAAAGCAUCAGGAUCUUGUAGAUAUGCAUGAAAAAUUAUCGCAAGUUGUCAAAUUAUAUGACAGACUGUUGGAAGAGAGUAUUUCUAGUGCAUAUACGCGUCGAGGUUCAACCAUGUCACAUUUUUCACAGCGAGUAAAUUCUAUUGGAGCACAUGGUGUGGGACCUUUAUAUCCAAACCUUAAUGCAGCUGCACAAACAUCAAGUGUUUAUCAUCAACUUAAUUAUCCAAUUGCCUCAGCGCCUGCAUCAUCACCAACUUAUUACCCUUCCCAAUCAUUAAUCGCUAAUCAACAAUAUUCAAAUCAGAUUGAUCAGCAAGCACUUUAUUCACAGCAAUGUUACAAUCAACACGUAGGAUAUCAAUCACAGCAACAAGAAGUACCGAUAUCUGGUGCACAAGUCCAACCAUCUAAUUACUAUCAAUAUUCACAGCAAUCUUAUGGGCAAAAUUAUCAACCCCAGCAAUUACCUCCCCAUCAAUCGCAACAAAUCGAAGAAGCCCCGCUAUUGAUUGAAUUGUAA